AUGGCCACCCUACGAACCUCGACGCCUUCCAUAGCGACCAUCUUCAGAUUCGCCUCACAGCCAGCCAGCAGCCGACGAUGUGCACACUGCCUCAAAGUACAACGAUGCCCCUUCUCCUCCUACCGACCAGCAUUGCAGUCGUCUAAGCGACCACUCAUGACCGAAUCCGCCUACCGACCACAAAAUCUCGAACCAGAAAUGCCUCCACCUCGAAAUGCCGGGACACCCGAAACGAGCAUCAACAGCAGUAGUCAGCAGACAUGGCCACCAGCAGCGCCUUGGCAAAGACAGGGUACAGGAAGUGAGCGGGAAGCGGAAGCACAGAAGAGCAAGCCUACGGUAGCCGCACAGGCCCAGUCGACAUCCACACAGACUGUGGCCGCCCCCUCGCCUUCACCCGCCCAACCAAAAAGGAAGAGCAAACUCCGUCCCAGAAAAGCAGCAAUGAGCGUAUCACCAAAAGCCGUCGAACAAUUACGCCAACUGCUCGAUCAACCCGAAAGCAAGUUGGUACGGGUAGGAGUUAAGAACCGCGGCUGCUCAGGCCUAGCAUACCACCUCGAAUAUGUAGACAAACCAGGUGCUUUCGAUGAAACAGUGGAACAAGAUGGUGUCAAAGUGUUGAUCGACAGCAAGGCAUUGUUCUCCAUUAUCGGAAGCGAGAUGGACUGGCAAGAGGAUAAACUGAGUGCGAGAUUUGUGUUCAGAAAUCCUAACAUCACUGAGCAGUGUGGUUGUGGCGAGUCAUUCAGUAUAUCAUGA